CUGAAAUUUUCUUCCAAUAGUUGUUAAUCGUCGGCCAGUUGCUUAUUCUUUCAUCUUAUAUGCUAUUGCGUUCCGUUUCUUUCAAAAUGAUUAUAUUAGUGUUUACUUAAAAGUGUAUUAUUUUCUAUGACAAUGGUAUCCACUAUACCAGUGGCAGGUACAGUGUCUAUUUUUAAUACGCACGAAGAUUCGAAGGAUCAGAUAUUGUUUACACUUCAAAUAGCAGUAAAACAGAUUCAGCAUUACAGUUGUCUUCAAAAUCAAGACGAUGGACUUUCAGCUGAUGUGAAGGAAGUAAAACAACUUUGUGAAAGUCUUGAUAAAGCACUUCUACAUGGGUUAAAAUAUUUUGACAAAGGCUACUGGGCUUUUGUAAAAGAAUUUACGCACAGUAACAAUGUAAAGUUCCUAGAAAAGCUAGAGAAUGUGGAUACUGAUGUUCAGUGUGGAAGAGCCUGGUUAAGUCUUGCUUUGAACGAAGCAAGUUUGGAGAGUUAUUUUCGUUCAUUUACACAAAACUUGCGUGUUGUCAAAAAGCACUAUGAAUCUCUAGCAUUAUUAUGUGAUGAACAGAGAAUGCAGUUAGUUUUAAUGCUGAUGGCUGGAUUGGAAUAUGUACCGAUUAACAUCAAUGUAGGGAAAAUUAGUUAUGGAACUGGUGUAUCUUUCUUUGAAAACCAGCCAAAUUUUCAAAAUUCUGAUAUCUAUGGAUAUUAUAAAAAUUCACCUAACAAGGUACCUAAAAAUAGUUUUCCAAGUGACGAUACAGAACUUGCUGCAUAUGACAGUGCUGUUGAAGUAACGACAGAUUUUGUAGCUUCAGGUGAUGCAAGUCCAGAAAAUCAAAAGUCAACUUUUGAUAUAGAAAAUUCAUUGCACAAACAAAAUUCUGGUUUUGUAGAGAGUAUUGCAUGUCAAAACUUACCACAACAGGAUUUAGAAAGAAUUUCUCACUAUAUUAACAUUGACACCAAAAAUGAAACUAAAGUGACUGAAGAUUUAGAAGUUAUUCGCACAAAAGUGGUGAGGAGAGCAAAGAGGUCAUGUCAAAAGUCAUUUUCGGACAAUGAUAAAAGUGAGAAUUCAUUAACUAAUCCAACAGGUAAUGAAAAGAAAAGUCAUUCAUUACAAGAAUAUGAUAAUUCUCUCGAUCAUCGUUUGAGUAAAGCUACAAAUGAUUCAGGCCUUUGUCUUGAAACGCCAUGCACAUCUGAUAGUGAGUCAAAUGAUUUUGCUGAUGAAGCUGGAACUUCAGAUGUUUGUCAUUCAACAUCUUUUAAUGUUGGGGAAUUUCAUCCUGAUUUGAAUGUUACAUUUUCCAUUCCAUUAAGAAAUGAAAUUGAACUUCAUGAAAUAUCUACUCAAAUGGCAGAGAACAGUAAACCUUCACUUGAAGAGAGAGGAAUCCCAGAAGGUCAAGAGGAUCCUAUUAAAAACACAUGCAAAAUUCAAAAUGUAUCAAAUCGUUUGCCCCUGCAGGUUGGUGACGAUGGAGCGGAGGAUAAUGCAGAAGAGGAGGAAGAGGAAGAGAUAUCAAUUUAUGAUAUGUCUAAAAUAUCAUAUUUUACUCCGACUCCAAGUUCACCAAAAAUUAUUGACAUUUCCAAUGAUGCCGAAGAAAAGCCUUGCCCAGGUACUUGUAAAGGAAAUUCAGAAACUAAAGAUAUUGUUUUAGAUGAAAUCGAGAAGUUAGCUAAAGAGAAGCCUGAGGAUUUAGAUAUAAAGGUUGCAAAUAAUAUCAUCUUAUACUUUGUUGUUGAAGUAUUUGAACACGAAGAAGAAAGUUUUUAUAAGCUAUAUUGUGGAUAUUCAAAUUUUCCAGAAGGUUCAAGUCAAAGAAUUUAUUUCCUUUUGACUAAUAAAGGUGUUUAUUUUUUGAAGUCUGGGAACAAGCAGCAGAAGUUCUUCAAAUCUCAUAGCCUUAGAUAUAGCAGUAUUGAUUACAUUGUGGUGGAUUUAAAUUAUCAAGGAUUUAAAGUGGUGUCAAGAAAUAAAGAAAGUUUUCCAUUGUAUACAGCUGAUGAAGAAUUAACUAGAGAAAUACUCUCUAAUUUUGAAUUAGGAAUUAGAAGGUUUAUCCCAAAGUUGCCACUUCCUUCUGUUUACACUGAUGCUUGUAUUCAAAAGAUUAUCUUAUCAAAGUUUGUAGCUUCACAGCUUAAUUUAGAAAAAUCAGAUGUAAACCUGUGCCAUUAUGUGUUAGCUAGGUGGGAAGAUUACACAUCAUCUUCUAUAACUCCAACUGGACCUAUUUACUAUGAUUACCUAAUGUAUAGACACAAAUUUGCAAAAGAUAAUACGGCCACAUCAUGGACACCUGGAUAUUUUCUCUUGAAAGCUGGUGUAUUAUAUUGCAUGGAUGACGAGAAGAGCAAACCUAACUUUGAUAUCCCUAUGUGUACUCCUCAUUGCCAAGGAUGUCGAAGAAUUCAUCUUUUGGAUAGGCCGUAUGCUUUUGAAAUUAUUCGCUCAAAUUCAGCUUCUCUGCAAUUAGCUGCAGCUGACACAGUUGAAGCUUCAAAAUGGUUGCAGUGUUUUUUAGAAACUGUUUCGUUGGCAGGUCAUUACAUUGAUUCAGAAAAAAACGUGCAAAAACCUUGCUAUGUUCUUCUGUCUAAUGAUAGCAUUAUUGUUGCAAUGGAUGAACCUCGCAAAAGUAGCUUGAAACCAUUUGGAAAAGCAAAACUGUGUGAUCUUGUAACAGUGUUCAUUGAUCCUCUGGCAUCUACUUUUAUUAUGUUGGAAUUUGAAAUUGCUGAAGCUAGCAAAAGUAGUGGAGAGUGGAUAAUUUAUUUUGAAACUAUUGCUGAAAAAGAAAAGUUCUUAGAUAUAAUCAAUCAGAAGUGGUCAGAAAUGUUUCAGGCAAAAGAGUCUUCCUCAAAACCACCGACUGUUUCCUCCAAGCAGUUACAUCCAUAGAUCGAACAUUAAGCACAUCCUUUUUCCUAAAGCGAUCUAUCUUGGCCUUAGUCAGUUUAAGUUCAGAGGUCCAGAAACAUUUAUAAGUCUUUUGAUUUCCUCUGGAGAUAUUUCUUUUGCCACAACGGAGGAAGAUUUCACACAAGAUAUCAAUUAGUUUAGAGGAGCGUUUUCAGAAGUCUAGCUUCUUAAGGGCUAAGUCUUCCUCAAGUUAGGGAAAUGACUCCAUUUAGCCCUGCGAAAAUUCCAUGACAUCCUAUUAUAGACAACAAAGCUAGAUUUAGGUAUUUGUAAGCAGACGCAGGCACUAACCUGUGUCUAUGGCCCGAUCUUGAUUCUAAUUUCAAUGACCAUCCUCUUCGCAGAUACUCCCAUAUCAGCAGAAACACAAAAGAGGUCAGGAGUUGUGAGAGUUUCAUUAUAAAGAAGAAAUAAUUUAGGGUCGGAUAUAUUGUAAAUAAGCAUAAGAGUACUCAGUUCAGUAAAUCCUCGACCUCUUUUCCAGCUGCAUUAGACCCCAUUGUUUGACAUACAAAAUUUAAUGAAUUAAAUUCCUACCUACAGGGCAUGGAAGAUGCUGAUAUAUUUGCAGCGCAUGACAAAAUUCGAAGAUUCCUCAAAAAUUUACUUUUAUGGGGGAAAAAUUUGAAGACUACAAAAAUGAGAGCUUUGAAACAUAUCAGAUUUUUAUUAUCGAAAAUAAUGCAAAAUAAUGCUUUCUGAUAGCAAAAUUACCAAGAUCUCAAAAUAUUUGAAUGUAUUGAGAGAAAAUUUUAAUUUUUACUUUGCUGAAGAAAUGAUGAACUGCUAAGAGAACUGGAUUCCGCAUCCCUUCCAUGGUAACAUUUACUACUGGCAUAUUGUCGAAAGCUAAUGAGUUUAUCAACUUAUUCGAAAAUACAUUAUUGAAACUGAAUUUUAAUAGUUGUAUACUGACAUAGUUUUGGUUAAUUGUCCCACAAAUUUAUCCUUAUUUUUUCUAUGAUGAUUUGAAGGUGUUACGGCUAUUUGCAUUUUCAUACCUUAGUGAAGUUGACUUUUUGAUAAUGGUGGAAAUUAAACCACGUAUCCAAACACGAUGUAGUUGUCGAAAUCCUUGCGUCUGAAAAUGAGCUGAUCUGGACAUUAUUGCCACCAUGAACAGCAGUCGAAAAAUUAGCGCACCCUUCACGCAUGCCUCAUUAGCCAAAAGGGCCAACAUUCCCGGAAGGGCUAUUAAUUCCUUUCUGGCAUUUUGCGUUGAUUCAUUAUAAACGGAGAAUCACUUUUUAAAUUGUUGCCACCAAAUAUUAGAGCCCUGU